UGCCCUCACUGUCCACAAACUGAAGAAACCAUCUAUCACUACUUAUUUGUGUGCCUGCAAUAUCAGCCAGAGCGCCAUGUGCUAGCCCAGGCAUUGGGAUGGAAGGCCACUUCCCUAUCACAUCUAUUGCCCAACCCUGCUGCCAUCCCCCAUCUAGUUCACUAUAUCAACAAGACCCAUCACUUGAAGUCCAUACUAGGUAAAAUUCUGAUGCCUACCACAUGA